GCAUUAUUUCCAGGAAUGGUGGAGUUGAAGUGAAGGUCACAUUCACCCCAUCCAGCUACGGAACGGCUCAGAUCGGCCUGGAAUUACUGAUUUCUGAGUUCAAUGCCAAACCAUACAGCUGUGUCUUCACCGGGACGUGCUCCCCGAACCUCUCUGCCGUGAAGGAAGAGUCUGAAAAAGUUGACGUUCCCUCCAAGGUGAGCCUGAAGGGCCCCGAGAGAGCGGCACCGAGGAUCUCCCGCAAGAAGAGACAUUUACAGUCUCUGCAGCAGAACGCGUCCCGGGUCAUCGAAUUCCAGAAUCUGCGAUUCCCACUCAAUCUCUCCAAUCCUCACGCUGUGGCCACCGUCCUGAACCAGCAGCCGGGGAAACUCAGACUGAAGGAGAUGCGGGAAGGCCUCACCUGUCCUGGUAAGAAAAGCCGCCAAGAGAAGGAGACUUUGUUCCAGCAAGUCGUGCAGCAGAAUGUGGCAGAGGAGGAGGCCAAUCAGCUGCGAUGGCAGAUCCACCGCGGCAGUGACCCCGCCUCUCCCCGACAACGUCAGCGCAUACGAGAGGAACGUCUGAGCGCAGAGGAGGAAUAUCAGGUGAUGAUCGGAACCCCCGACUUCCAUGGAGAAUACAGAGGUCAGUGUGUGAGCGCCGUGUCCCGGCGGGUGCUGCGGAGGUCGGAGCCGCUUCCCACACUUCAGCCUCAGUUUGACCUUUACCUGAACGAGCUCUGGGCCAAUAGGAACCGAGCAUUGCGACGUUUCCAGCAGGCUGCCCGCAAGGUCCUGGUGCGCUGUAGAGUUGAUCGCAGGUUGGGCCGUCUGAGGAAAUUGCUGCAACGACUUCAGGCGGAGUCAGCGGGGGAUGGGACGUUCGAGAGCGACAGCGAGGAAGUGAUCCCCGCCCCCACCAAUCCGAUCCUCUUCUAUGACUUCCCCCCGUACCCUGCUGAACCCCAGGGAUCGACUCUCGGAGGUCUCUGGGGAGUCGCUCCGCAACCAGCCGCUGUGCAACUGAAAGUGAAACUUCCCUUCUAUGACCUAAAGGUUCCUCAGCAUUAUAAAGUGAUGGGAUAUCAGCCGAUCAGUUCGCUCUCGGCCUCCACCUACCAAUCCCAACAGUUGCCACGACCCCUGAGGAGCGGGGCGGAGGAUGAACUUGUGCCGAUCUCCAAUCCCGACCCCCCGGGACCAGCGCUGAGUCCGAGGACAGAUACCGGAGAAGAGGAACGUUCCGAGACCACCUACCUCACCCUGAGCCCCCCGGAGAGACUGCUGAACCCCCCCGACUUCCACCCCAUGCAUGUCUUUAACCCGGCUCCUGGUUUGGUGGCCUUUAAGAGGCCUCUUCCGUAUUCCGAAAUCGAUCUGGAAUAUCACCUGUGCCCCCUGCCAAAGUACCCAUCCCCCCGCGACACCGCCGGGGCCACCCAGAGGAAGUUCCUGAACCGCGAGGAAGUCAUUCGGGGAAUGAUGAGUUGGAAGAAGUUCCCGUCUGUCGCCCUCUCUGUGUCCCUUCCCACUGCCGGGGGCCACAGACCGCGCUGGUGUGACCCCUUCAGUUGGGAUUUGCUCCCUACAGACGCUCCCCCCACACUCAGCCACUUACUGGAGGAGGACAAGGAGAGCCUAGAGCCAAGGGAGGCGGAGGAGGCCCCGGGCCGUGUGUCGCUGACACCAGAAAUGCUAAGGGCUGAAUUCGCACUGAUACAAGAUGGCGGUCGGGGUGACAUGGACACCAGCGAGCCGCAGACCCCUGAGGCCGGCGGGGAGAGCCUGGCGCAGAAGAUCCAGAGACACCUGGGACGGGUCAGGCUGCUGACACACAAUAAGAAGCUGAUUGUGGACUGAGAGACGACCCACCAAUCCUGUGUCCAGAAUAUGUCCUGUGCCCCUCCCAUUGGACAGAGCGAUGAGAAUAUAUCCUCCUCGUCUCCCAUUGGACAGAGCGAUGAGAAUAUAUCCUGUGCCCCUCCCAUUGGACAGAGCGAUGAGAAUAUAUCCUCCUCGUCUCCCAUUGGACAGAGCGAUGAGAAUAUAUCCUGUGCCCCUCCCAUUGGACAGAGCGAUGAGAAUAUAUCCUCCUCGUCUCCCAUUGGACAGAGCGAUGAGAAUAUAUCCUGUGCCCCUCCCAUUGGACAGAGCGAUGAGAAUAAUAUAAUGACCUCCAGUCCUGUAUAAUGUACGUCCGCCAUG